AUGGGGUUCUUCCGCUGGCCUCGGUGCAAGCGAAACGCCUCUCUUGCGAAGCCCACGGAGUCCUCGCCCAAGAUUCCCAUUCCCUUUGAGCCCUCAAAGCUUCUAUUUGACGCCCCCGAUGGUAUGGCAGCCCCUCCUUGGAAGUUCAAGUCACAUAUGCUAAACUGCAGCCCAAUUUUAGAUACUUCUCAGUUGCCCAUCCCAGGAGCUUUCCCGUUAACUCCUCCUGAAUCACCCACCCUCAUUGUAUCACAAGGCCCGACUAUCGAGGAGGAAGAUGUCCCACCGAAGGGAUGGGAAUUCAUGGACAUAGAUGCUCGCACAACACCAGCACUUGUUACGGAUCUCGGCAUACAUCUCCACCCUCGAAUGCCGCCGUACACCCCUCCCCCUCCAAGCGCUAGGCGCAUUCCAUCGCCAAGACCAACUAAAACCCCCAAGCCCGUCGAAGAUGACCUCAUGGACAUUGAUGACCCGUGGGAUCAACAAGCUCAACUAGAUGCAAAGAUUCCCCAUGGCCCCGUUUCUGCUGUACAGUUGUUUUACGCGAACAGGAAGCCAAUUCCCGCCAAUCGCAUUGCGUCGUGGUACGAGGCGGAAUUCGAGAAGCGGGAGAGAGAAAGAUUAGCCCGGGAGCGCGAUCUCCAGCGUCCCACCAGAGUGGUCCCACAGGGUUACCCCGUACGUCUGAUUUCGCCCGAGUGGCUUGCCAAACUUCAACGCGCCAUGCAGAGUGGACAAGGGAAUUCCGUUGCCAAAUCAUUAGCCGGAGACGACCUUUACCAGCGGGAUAUCGUCACAUGCAUUCGCCCUGAGGCCUGGCUCAACGACGAAAUUAUCAAUGCCUACCUUGGUUUACUCGUUCAUUACCUCCGUCAAUCGCAUGGGAAUCUCGGACCUAGCGAUCGGCCGCUCUUCCACGCCUUCAACACAUUUUUCUACUCUACCCUUCGCGAUAAGGGAUACCAGGGCGUGCAACGUUGGGCAAAGCGGGCCAAGAUCGGUGGCGAAGGACUCCUUAAUGUCGACACAGUCUUCAUCCCUGUACAUGAGUCAAGCCAUUGGACCCUCAUGGUUAUUCGACCAGCAGAACGAACAAUCGAGUAUUUCGACUCCCUAGGAUCCCGCGGGCCUCGCCAAGUGAAGAAUAUUAAGCAAUGGCUUCGUGGGGAGCUCGGGCCAAAAUAUAAUGAUAAGGAGUGGACUGUCCUACCGUCGGUCUCUUCUCGGCAAGACAACGGGAGCGAUUGUGGUGUCUUCCUCCUAACAAAUGCCAAAGCAAUUACUAUUGGGGUUGAACCAACUGCCAUUGGCCCAAGUCAUAUCACACUUCUCCGCAGAAAGAUUGUUGCUGAGCUCAUGAACGGUGGUCUUCACGGCGAGUUCAAUCCACAGGACAAAGCAACAGGUUCAGUGUUUCUCUAA